CACUCAUCAGUGUCAACAAAAUAAAUUCGUCUGAUUUCUGAAAUCUGCUGCUUCGUGUAAAAUUGUAAAGAUAAAGUUUAAAUGUCGUUUAUUUUGCAAUAAAUAUGUUUUACAAUAAUAGAUAAUGUUUUUUGGUGUUUUAUGGUUGAAAUACAAAGUAUCUUCUUAGUGAACCGAAACAAAACUUUAACUAUCUUUAAUAAUGGAGGAUCUCAAUUUGACAGAGACUGAGAUGAGAUAUUUUGGUGAUUUGUUUUUAUGUUGCGACGAGGAGUCCAACGGGAAAAUCCCUAUCCUAAAAGCAACAGAACUUUUUAGGUCAUCUAACAUACCAAAUGAUGUUCUCAAGCAGAUUAUGGAUUUAAGUGUAUCGCCUACUAAUAGUUCGUCUCUAAAUCAUAUGAACAGAAAGCAAUUUUAUUCGGCCUUAAAACUUAUAGCAGCUCAUCAAUCAAAUAUAGCAUUAAAACCAGAGAUUUUAUUAACACCUUUGGAUCUACCUCUUCCAAGGUUUACAUGGGCCUUAAACUCAGAUGCAAAUUCAGAUUUAAUACAGUUAUCUAAUUCUCCUAAAGAGCAGCAUAUAUCAAAGAGAGAGCGAACUUUUGUAGAAAGGACUCUAGGUGCUUAUGAGCCAAUAAGAGUUUCAUCAAAUUUAUCAGAUAGUGACAUUCCUCAAACGCUGUCACAUGAUACUGCUGAAGUGCUAAGUACAGACUCGGAGAUAGAAUCUGAAACUAUGUCACAAAGUGGUUCAAUUGGGAGAAGAGGAAAAACGGGGUCUCCAUGGAGUACAGCUAGUGAAAGUCCUACUCCAACCAACAGUGUAGCUGAAAGGGUCCACCCAGUGUGGGAACACAGCGCAACUGGGCGUGGUGUAUGGCCUACAAAUACUGCAGAGGAACAUACUAGGCUCCUAGGCACAGAAGAGGAUUCCUCUGACCGUCACUCCUCAGAGGAGGAUGGGGAAGGCGAGGCAAGUGGCGAUGACGUAUUUGCGAUAAGUCCUGCGCAGGCGACGCAUUAUGCGGCACAGUUUGCGCAGCUGCGACCUGAACGUGGCUUGCUAUCGGGACCUACUGCUAGAAUGUUUUUCGAAAAGUCACGGCUGUCGGUUCCAGAUUUACGAAAGAUCUGGCAACUCGCUGAUAUCACUAAAGAUGGAAUGUUGACUCUUGAGGAGUUCAGUAUUGCCAUGCACCUCAUAAUUUUGAGGAGGAACAAUAUCCCAGUGCCAGAUGUUUUGCCACCACGGCUUAUACCAAAAGUUGACUCGCAUUUCUCGCAACAAUCUGUCACAACAGAUCUGGUUGAUCUGGGUGCUGAUAUGUUUAACUCUGGUACCUCUGCUGAUUUCAAUUUUGCGAAACCAGAAGUCAACGAUCCAUAUGAAAGUAAACCAAAAAAAGUAGAAGAGAGACAACCUUCCCUCUCACCCAAACCAGAACCUCAAGUGAACAAUAAAGAAUGGACCAAGUUUGUUGACUCGCCCACGUUCAGUGUUUCUAGUCCCGGCCCAAAACCUGUCAACUUUGACUUUCAAAAGUCCGCAUUAGAGAGGGAUCCAAAAAUCUAUCACCCCGUUGCAUUAAGAGUGACUCCGGAAGCGAACACAAUUCCACACGAAGAUUUAAGAUCGAGCACUUCUCCGCGAAGGGACGAUAUCUCUCACGCCUUUGAACUGUCGAGUCCAAAACGAAAUUCCAACGAUCAAUCGAAUGGUAGCGAGAUCAAGUCGAUUCAGCGUCCACAACCGAAGAAACCAGUGAAAAUUGUUGGUGUCUUGCCACCUCCACCCGCUAGAGAGUCUUCCGUUCACGCAGACGAUGGUCCGCAGUCGUUGCAAUACGCGCCCAAGAAGGUUCCACCUCCGCCACCGCCACCCAGACCUAUAAGAAACCACACUCGUUCCAGUUCCCUGGAUUUAAACCGGUUCAAAAGUGCCGCGCCCCCCCCGCAGCCGCCACCCCGAAUGUCCCCUUCGGCAACGACACCCACUCGUCGCUUAGUCAACCAGAAAAGUGAGGAGCCCACUUUCCCCCCGGACGCGUUCACUAAGAGUGAUGAACCCAACUUUCCCCCUGACGCGUUUGGGGAAACGUAUGGGUACGAAGCGCCAAAAAUGCACGGCGCGUUUGAAGUGUAUCGGAAACCGUCGCGCGAAUCGUCGUGUGAAACGGAUCCGGAUGUGAAAUCUUUGCAGGAGCAAAAUGCUGUUUUGCAUCGCGUUUGUAGGGCGUUGUGCGCGGAACUGGCGGAUGUGCAGAGGGAAAGGGAGGCUCUGAAGGUCCAACUUGACGCACACUCGACCCCCGUCUAGUCACAGCUUGGAAAUCUAUGGUCUAGCUUCUUAAUCACAUAAAUCCUACUACUAAAAAAAAACAAUACUACCCACAAAAAAAAACACAAACUAAAAUAGCUAUUCUAAUGCGACAAUAAAAUAAGAAUUUUGAAACUUUUAUGACAAUCCUUGUUCGAUACUUCUAUUUCAUUUCUAUCUAUUGUUUCUAAUCGCUGGAUCAUAGAUUCCUUGCCUAUAAAUUUUACUACCCUUUGUCUGUAAAUAGACAUAUUCCACUAUAAUCGUUUAAUUAAUCUAAGAAAUCUCAUAUUCUUUUGUUUUAAUUUAUAUGAAUUUUAUUUGACUGCAAAUAUUAGCUUUUUUAAAUAUAAUCAUUGCUUAUUGGUUCUCAGUGUGAAAUAUUACAAUGUUUAAUUGAUCGAUUUGCCGUCCUUCACAGAUUACAAAAAGAGCAAGAUGUGUUAUUUUAAUU